GAAUAUGAACUAUGAAGUCCGGGUCUACGAUGAGUUUGUUAUUCAAGGUAAUACAGCUGUUUUCAAAUGCCAGAUACCUAGUUUUGUUAAAGACCAUGUCAUAGUGACGUCAUGGAUGCGGGAUGAUGGAAAAAUAUUUCACUUUGGAAAGAAAAAGGAGAGCAGUCACAUGGUUGUACUUACUGGAGAACUUCUUAUUACCGUUGUUAGUCAGAAUGAUUUAUUGCUUAGUGGAAAACAUCGCUACUUUUGUCAAACAAAACACGUCAUUAGUGGAGAAUUAAAACGGAGUAUAAAUGGAGGACGUCUCAUAAUUUCUGAACCUCACAGCAACUUUCCUCCUAGAAUCAAAAAUAGUAGGCAACAAAUCCAGGUGAAGGAGGGAGAAACGGUUCAUCUUCCUUGUACUGCAGAAGGUUAUCCCGUCCCUUCGUAUCAGUGGUUUCAGCAGGACGGUUCCAAGUUUCGUAAUAUACAGCCAAAUGGAAGGAUCGACAUCCAUAUGGGGACGUUAAUGUUAACGCCGUCUCGAGUCUGGGACACGGGUCAAUACGUAUGUGUGGUCAACAACAGCAUGGGAGAGCAGCGCGUGAAAACAAAGCUGUUAGUCACGGCUCCACUCUCAGUGCUCGUUUUACCUGAAUCUAUUAAAGUGCAAGAUGGGCAAACUGUGGUAAUGAACUGCAGCAUUACCGGCUAUCCUGUUCAGUCUAUCGUUUGGCUUAGGAACCAGCGCCCUCUAUUGGCAAAUAAUCGAGUUCAUUAUUUAACAAGAGAGGUCUUGGAAAUUAGUCCUGUUUUGCGAGAAGACAAAGGAAUGUACCAGUGUUUUGUGUCAAACGAAUUUGAAAGCGCGCAAGCAUCAAGAGCUUUGUCGCUGGGAGAUGAUCCUCCGGGCUUUUCUUCAACCUUCUCUUCAGAAAUCUUAGCUCCAGAUGCAUCUGUGUCUCUCAAGUGUGUUGCUACAGGCAGCCCUUUGCCACAAAUAACAUGGUUUCUAGAUGGCGCACCAAUCAACGAAAACCUCAGGUUUCGAAUCGGGGAUUUCGUCACUAAUGAUGGUUACGUCAACAGUUUUGUAAACAUUACGUCGUUAAGGACUGAAGACGGUGGAAUUUAUAAAUGUGUUGCACGCAACGCUGUAGCCACUCUAUCUCAUUGGGCGAGAUUGAAUAUUUAUGGUUCACCUUAUGUCAAGCCCAUGAACAACGUCUCUGUCUUGGUUGGGGAUACGUUUGAACUUUCGUGUCCAUAUGCUGGGUAUCCUAUUGAUUCAGUAACCUGGCAUAAGGGAGGCUUAUCACUUCCUCAGAGUGGUCGACAAACCGUUCAUCCUAACGGAACUCUAUUCAUCCAAGAUAUGGAAAAGAAAAGUGAUGAAGGUGCAUAUAGUUGCAUAGCGACCAAUAAUAAAGGAGAAAGUUAUUCUGAAGAAAUCAAUGUCAAAGUACUUGUUCCUCCUGUUAUCAGUCCGUUUGUCUUCCCGCCAAAUCUUCGAGAAGGUAUGAGAAUUACCAUUACUUGCUCUAUUCUUGAUGGAGACCUGCCAAUCAGAAUCAGCUGGUUGAAGAAUAACAGUUCAUUGGUCCAGGAAGACAACAUGGUGAUUGAAAACAAUAAUGAAUUCUCUUCGACAUUAUUUCUAAAAGAAGUUCGAUUCAAAGAUAAAGGAAAUUACACGUGCUUAGCCAAGAAUAACGCUGCUUCAACUAAUUAUACAGCUGAAAUGGUUGUCAAUGUACCGCCAAAGUGGAAAAUCGCACCAACUGAUAAGUCUGUCGUUUUUGGAGAUGCUGUUGUAAUGGAUUGUCAAGCGGAGGGAUAUCCACAUCCACGUACCUGGUGGGAAAUAUCUGAUGGCUCUGCGCUACACAACUUCAAAACUAUAUCAAGUAAUUCUCAUAUUCAGACGUUGGAGAACGGUUCUCUAGUGAUAAGAGAUGUGGACGUAGAAGAUAGCAAGUUUUACAUGUGUCAGGCCACCAAUGGAAUUGGUGCUGGAUUAACAAAGGUUGUUGCUGUGAAAGUUCAUGUUGCCGCUCACUUCAAAAGAUCGUUUCAGUCGCAUAUCUGGAAAAAGGGUGAAACAGCAAAACUUCAGUGUGAGGCACACGGUGAGAACCCUUUACAGAUCUCCUGGUCUAAAGACAACCAACCGCUUAAUUUUGCAACUAAUGCUAGAUACGAAGUCACUGAAGAACGAGACGAGGAACAUGGAAUGCUAACAUCGCACAUGACAAUCCAUUCACUUGACAGACAUGAUUCUGUCAUCUUUACUUGUCUUGCUAAAAACAGCUUUGGCAGUGACGAAACUAAGAUUCAAGUUAUUGUUCAAGAACCCCCGGACAGCCCUACCAAUAUUUUAGCAACAAGCACUGGAAGUAGAAUCGUCACUUUGACAUGGUCUCAGUUAUACAGUGGAAACAGUCCGAUAACUGCUUACAAGAUUCAACAUAAAGCAGCAACUGACAGUUGGGACGAAACAUUUGAAACCCUGACACUUCAGGCAUCCAACACGAGAGCUACCAUCACAAACCUCAGACCUGUUACUGACUACCAUAUUCGUAUCCUUGCGAAAAACAAGCUAGGAUGGAGUGACCCUAGUACUGUUGUCCACAUCACAACAGGAGAAGAAGUUCCAGAAGCUCCACCAAACAACGUCAAAGCGAUCGCCGAAUCCUCUCGCACCAUAAAAGUCACUUGGGAGCCGCCAAAGCCGGAACUAAGGAAUGGUGUUCUGAAAGGCUAUUACGUUGGUUACAAGAUACACACAUCCAAUGAACCCUUUGUCUACAAAACGGUUGAGAGAUUACAAGAAGUUGUUCUAUAUAAUUUGAAGCGGGCAACUCGAUAUAGCAUCAAAGUGAUGUCUUUCAAUGGAAAGGGUUCUGGACCUUCGUCUGAAGAACUAGUUGUAGAGACACUAAAGAAUGAUCCGCCAAUAACACCACAGUUAAAAAUUGUUGCUACAACGUAUACAUCCAUUAAGCUCAGCUGGACCAACACUGAAAAACAGCACAAUAUCAUUACAGGAUAUUUCAUUUACUAUAAGAAACAAUACGGUACUUGGGAAGAAAGACAAACUCUGUCUGAUCAGGAAAGUUACACAUUCCGCGACCUCUUCUGUGGUUCUCAGUACCACUUCUACCUUGUUGCCUACAACAGUGCGGGAAAAGGAGAAAACAGUGAUGUUGUAGCAGCUAAAACUCAAGGAGAUGUACCAAAGGCACCCAAGCGGCAAGCCUUCUUAUCUAUCAACGCUACUUCAGUAAGUAUUCACCUCACUACCUGGCAAAGUAACGGUUGUCCAAUCAACUUCUUUGUCAUCCAGUAUAAGCCCCAUCUACAGCCAGAAUGGAUCUUGGUGUCGAACAACAUAGUUUCUGAGCAGAAAACUGUUAUAAUAUCAGACUUAAACACAGGUUCAUGGUACACCUUGCUGGUGACAGCACAUAACGACGUAGGCCCUACAGAAGCCGAGUACGUCUUCUCGACGCUAACCCUAGAAGGUGCCACUGUCCCACCAAUAUCUGCUCUUGAUGUACCACGCCCGGCCUUGUACAAAAGUCUCAGUAUAGUUGUCCCUAGUGGAUGUGCCGUAGUCGUUCUUUUCGUAAUCAUCAUUGUUGCAUGUGUUGUUGUAAAGAGAAGAAGGCAUUUUGAUUCUGUUCCUGGGAGAGACAACCGAUCCAGGGAUGACAAAAGCUUGGAGGGAAUAGGACUGUCUGUUAUGGAAGGAAAAUCUUCUGGGAGCAUUGGUAGUGGUAGUCCCAAAGAGCAACUCUACUAUCCUUCCCCUUAUGCCAUGAGCAGACUACCAAUGUUUCCAAAACACCUUCAGAGCUGCUCAGAAUCGGAUAUUGUCCACAGCCUAAGGCGACCAGGACGAGAACACAUCUACGAUGUUCCUUUUCCAACAAAAGUGCACACGGAUGAGGAUGUAUAUUCUCACAUAAUGGAGACAUCGUCCAUUCCCUUCCCCCAGGAAAUCAAUCGUUAUCAAACACCAAAAGUAGUGAUGUCAAGACCGUUAAAGUCAGCACCACGUCAUUCUAGGGAUCGUCUAACAGAGGAAUGUAGAAGAUCUAGCAAUAAAGGGAUUCACGGUCGCCAAAGCUUGGCCUCCGAUGGACACUCCACUGAUGAGAGCGACAGUGAAGCCACAACGUACUUCUUCAGGAGAAAUCUCACCAGCAGUCGCCAGGAUCCCCGAGAUAUAUCCGAGACUGAAUGUGAUCGGGACCAGAAUGAACUGAGAGAAAAAGGCCGAACCAUCGUUAAUGUGGAUGGUUUCAACAUUCGCUACGAACAGUAUUCUUGAACGCUUGAAAUAAAAAACGUUUUGAGGAAGAAAAAUGAAGUUUGCUUUCCAAAUGAAAAACUCUCGAACAGAAAGAAUCUUAAAUUCCAACUCUGGUGUAAAUACUACAGAUCACAGUUGAAACAAAGAAUUCAAUGAAGUGAUGAACUUCAGUAUAUGUUAAAAUCCUCAUAAAGGUGAACAAUCUAUAUAAUAAAAAAUGUUUGACAACUGUAAUUGUGGCUGUAGUAUAAUUUUUCUUGACUUUGUAAUAUAGAUGGCAAGUAAGUUCUAAGAACAGGUAUAACUUUCGAUCCGAUUGUAAUAUUUUGAGAAACACGUCUUUAGAUAACGUAAAUAUUAAGAGAUCUCUAAGCGUUAAAUCAACAGUCUAGGAUUCCUGAAACUUUGACUGAAACAAGUGAAAAAGAAAGUUUAUUAAGAAUAGGACUGAAUCAACCAAAAACAUCAAACUUACCACGUCAUGAUCGAGACUAUUUGAGCUAUCUAAGAAACUAAUUGAAUGAAAAAUUUAAAUCCUUGUUAUAUCCAAUAUUUGAAAGAUUGGUGUCUGCCAAAUGUUCAUAACAUGUGAAAUUAUAUUAUAAUGCGUUGAACAUUGAAAACUUACUUGGUGUUGAAAUUAUAUAAAUGUUUUAAAGUAAAAGAAAAAUAUGUUUAACAUCUAUCUGUAUUUGUCUGUUUGUAAUAUUCGAUGAAAUUUUUAUAUAACCAUAUUGAUGUUGAUAAUGUUACGACCAUUUUCCUCCAAACACCAUUAUUGUUCAUAUAUUUUUUCUUUGAUAAACGAUUUCUUCACUUUUAGCAUUCAAUUCAAAAUAACUAUUUAAGAAAAUGGAAAAGAUUUUGUCAUGUUUCUGUUUUUAUUUGAACUUUAGUAAUUAUCACAUUAAAUGUUAAUUAAUAAAUAAACUAGAUUGUUCAGUUUGUUUUGUCGUGUUGAAAAUUUGACAAGAGAUGUAUUACUUAUUUAUUAUUUUAACUUCACAUCCUGCUUUUAAAUUUAUUGCUUUCUAUGAAAGAUAAAGUCACGAUAUUAGCUUAAUAACGAAAUAAUCAAAUGAUAUACAGAAACGUUGCUUAAAAUUAUAUUUUCUAACAUAACGUAUAAUUCAAUGCACAAUAUCUCAGCUGAAUAAUAUGAAUGUGUUUUUUUUAUGUUACAGAAGUUAUAAAUAUUAAAGAAAAGUGGUAGGGUUUUAAGCACGUUUUUCUUAGCAGGCCCAUUAAGUGUUUUCAGCAAGUAAUCUGCACAUGCAUCGUUUCAGCUAUAUACCUUAUUUACCAUAAGUUAUUGCUGGUCUUUUUACUCGAUAUAAUUGAUAGAAUGUUUUCAAUAUUAGUAGGUUCAAAUAAAAAGUUUCUAACCAACUAAACAGUAAGUACUGUUUAAAGUUAAAGUAUGAUGAUUGGUUGUAUAUAAGGUUAGAUAAGACUCAUUUUUGAUCCUAUAUUUUUGUUGAGUCCAAUGACAAAUUUCGGUGUGAUUUUAACUUAUUUCAGAAACAAUACGAGAUGCAUAUCACCGCCUCCAUUAUAAAAUGUUACAUGUGAAAAAACCAAAUACUUUUAUGAAUUGACAGGAUAUUUAUUCACUUUUCAAUAAGUCUAGACUGAACAAUUUUAAAUAACAUAAGCAAAUACUUCUACCAGGGACUGUUCGAAUCAUUCUUUAUGCCCACGUUACUGUGAUAGACAUUCUAACUACAGCACAACUGUAGAUUUUUAUAAUAAUUUUAUUAUUAUUUUUAUGCACAUUUUGAUCUUUGACUGCAGUGUGUGAUUAACAUACUGAUAAUUAUAACCAAAGAACAAAUACAUAAACUUUAAGUAGGAUUAAGUUUACGGUGUGCUGAUCCCAAGUAAAUUUUGUGUUUUUAAAUCUUAUCGGAACUACUUUAUAAAACAACGUCGAGAAUGUGUGUAUGUGUAUAUAUAUAUAUAUAUGUUUCAAUAUAUAAAAGAAAGAGGAAUUCAAAUACUGCACUAUUUGUUAGAAUUAGAUCAGCAACAUGCACAUUUUCAUACUUUUUAUUUAUCGUAAGUAUUGAUCUAGACAUCUUAGGCUUCAUUAUGAUACAGGUACCUGAUUUUUAUGGGGUCUGGAACAUCUUCAGAAGAUAAGAUUUAGUUAUCAUCCUCAGUGUCCUAUAUUUAAUAACAUGCGUCACUCUUUCACUGGAAGCAACUGCAAUACCAUAACUGGCUGCAUAUAAGUUUUCAAUAAGAAGACGGACAUGCACAUUAAUAUAUAUGUAUUCCAUAUUUAUAAUUGGAAUUUCAUUUCGCUUGUAAGACGUGCGAAUAGUGGUUAAAUCUGUAUGAGUUUUAUUUACACAGCCACCUCCCGAAAUAGGCUACUUUUUUACCACUCGCUAUUUUUAAUUUGUACCUUAGAAGUAUUUGUCUACCCUAUUUGUUUGUGUUUGGCCUAGUUGUUUGUCAAAAAUAAAUAUAUAUCCAUGUUUAUAUAUGCGUGUGGGGAUGUAUGUGUUUCGAUCCUCAUUACUGACUAACCUCAUAAAUAUAACACUUCGGCUUUAGUAGCAGUAAAAGAAGAAAAUCAUAAAUAUAACACUUUGGCUUUAGUAGCAGUAAAAGAAGAAAAAUGUGAAACACACAGAGCUUCGCCAAGCGACGUCAUUUAUAUUGUAUUGAAGAGAAACCCAUUACUGGUUAUACACUCUCGAUACAGGAGUGUUAGCAGAUUGCUAAGCAGUCGUUGCGAACGAAGAUGAGAUAGCACAGGUCGUACUUCCAUAUAUAUAUAUAUUUAUAUAAGAACUCUGACAAUUAUAGAAGGUAUUUGGUUGUCGUUAACCGUAAAAAAAAGAUAAGCAAAGGAUUUUAGUUAGGGACCGCAGAUAAUGUUUUGUUUUUUUAUUCGAUGAGAAGAAUUUUGAACUUUUUUGAAAUUCGACUCUUGUAUUAAUACUUUUGUUGAUUUCAUUAAAUGUAUCGUAUGAAUUUAAAACAA